AUGCUACAUCCGAGCAGUCCUUCGAAGCAUAAUGCCAUGCUCGGUAAGGGGGUGCAGCAGCCAAACGCCAUCGGUUUGCACGCCGACAAUGACGACAACUUCGAAACGCCGCCGGCGAAACGACGAAAGCACACCUCCUCAGACUAUGUGCACAUUCGUCACAAUGCCACGCCGAGAAGGCGACCGCAAAAGGACAUCAUCUCGGAUUCUGAUGCCGAGAGCGACGCCAAUGAUCUGCAAGAAGAAGAGGAGCGCAAGAGUAGACAGACAGAACUCGAGACUGCGCUGCCUGCAGUGCGGACCGACAAAGAGGCCAUCGAGGCUUAUGAGGCUUCCAGAGCGGCCGAGCGAGCAGAACUAGGCCUAAAGGAACGGUUCGAUGGCAAGAACUGGGUUCAGGGAAAGAGCUCGAUCUACGUGGAUGCGUUCAACCUCGCGUUGGACACCGUCCUUGAAGACGAGUCGCAUUUGUUCGACGCCGCGGAGCAUGCCAUCUUUGACCAAUGGCGCCAAUCGAGCUACGAGGCGCAAUAUCUCUACGUCAGGCUGUUCCUGCGCAAGACCUCUGCUUGGCACCGCAUCAAUCGGCUGGGAUAUCACAGCGACAUUGCAGACUUGCAGCAAGCCGUGGAGGAUUUACAAGCCCCACGAACCUUGCCUGUGCAACCAACGGCGCCCGAAAUCCACGCCGGUGAACAGGAAUCUUCAUCCGAUGUGUCCUUUGGAGAGGCCUUCACAUUCGCCGACAAUUCGCAGGACUGCAUCAAAGACCUCGAAGAAGCCUCCUCGUUACUUCUCCUCGACGAGCUGAAAGCGUUUGCCAAAGACGCCAAAGUCCAGGGCAAGAAUAAGAAAGGAUUGUUGCGAGCGUUUCGAAAGACCAGUGGAAAACAGACGGGCUUGGGCUUCCAGUCGUUGAAGCGCUCUGACACCACUGAGAGUACCACUUCCACAGCUUCUGCCGAUAGCCGUGAGUGCACUCCCGGGAGAGCCGAGAACAGGGAUGCCUACUUCGUCAACAAGAUCCUAGAAGAGACUGGCCCGUGUAUCCGUCUAUCACUGUCAACCUUGCGACUCUUCGAACGAGUUCACCUCGUCUUCUACCGCUCAUCCGAAUGGACUGAAAAGUCCCUCACCAUCAUCAUCCUCGCCCGAAUCGCCCGCCGCAACUUCCCACCAUACAUCGUAUCCCGCUCCGCCAACAUCUUCUCCUCGCGCUCUCUGCUCCUCGAAUUCGAGGCUUCAAUCAGAACCCAGUUCCGCAUCGACAACAUCCUCGAGUUCAACGGCCCACCAAGCCCAGAAGAUCUCCGGCUCGUCAUCGACAUCGCGGAAGAAAUCCACCCGCGUUGGAAGGCGCUGCUCGCCGCCGAGCAGAGCAAAGAAGACAGCAUCUACAGCAGCGGCGAAGGCGCCUACCUGCGCCGCCUGAACCCCGCAUGGGUCUACACGCGCAUCCUGCACAAAGGCGCGUACGUGCGCGGCAAGUUCAAGGACCACAAGCGCGAGUACGAGCUGCUGUAUGAGCUGCUGGACCAACGCUUGUUCCACACGAGCCGGAGAGGCGAUUGGUAUCAGCGCAAGGCGUUGCUGGAAGAGCAUUACAUGCAUCUGCACCUCCCGUCUCCGCCAGAGUGCCAAGACAUCGAGAGCAAGAAGAAGCACUGGAGGCGCGUGGCCUUGUCGACGUGUGAGGGCGGGCUGGAGGAUCAACUGACGCAUCUCAUUUUCCACCAUGAUCUCGAGAAGCGCACGCUCAAAUUGGAGAAAGCGCUGAAGCUGCCGAAGCGCGAACAGCACGACUUCGGCCAUGUGAGGCUUACGAAGCCUUCCGAGCGUACGUUCUAUGGAGUUCGAAUCGAGCCGUCGCACAAUGCGGCAAACGGUAGUAGACGCAACAGUGAUCAACAGCCUGCUAAGCCGGACAGGCGAGGUGCAAAGACGAUCUGGCUUGACCCUGCCCUCAAAUCCAUCACUGACCCCGAAACUGGUGAAGAAACACACGUGGAAGGGGAAUGCUCGGUCGAAGAAAUGUGUCUCUCCAGCUAUCGCGCUCUAGGCUGGAAGGGCUAUCAUUCGGAGGGUGGGAUCCUGCGCACCCUCUUCGCAUACCUCUUCUACGACGUCCUUUUCGUCUACAUCCCCAACGUCUUCCAGACCGAGUUCCAGACGUGCCCGCUGGACUUGCACACGGACGUCUUUUACCCCAGUCGCAUGUCCGAAGUGAAUGCGCGGCUGAAUGAGAUUUCCAAUGGCGAUGCGCCGAAGCUUAUCCAGAAUGUCUGGAGUGAACAUUUCGAGCGUCAGACUUGUGUUGUUGGAUUGGAUUGGUCUUUUGCGUUGGCGGACUUGCUCGAGAUUGCUUCGGCUUUUGCCCCGGCUGCGCUUAGCUCGGUGAUGAAGGUGAUGGCACAGGAGUACGCGCAACGGGGUGGCGGAGUUCCAGACCUCUUCCUCUGGAAGGUCGAUGGGAGUGGUGACGACUCGAAGGGGUCAUCCAGUGGCGAGGUCAUGUUCGCAGAGGUCAAGAGCGAAAAUGACCGUUUGAGUGAUACGCAGCGCAUGUGGAUUGAUGUCUUGUCGGGCGCUGGCGUGAAGGUCGAGCUUUGCCAUGCUCUGGCAAGCGAAGUUCGCAUGCGACCAUGA